AUGGAAUCUAAAUCGUAUGAUUUGAAUAAGCUGUUGGAGAACCCAGUUGGUUUUUUGAAUGAAAACUUUCCAGACGAGUACAGCUUCUACGCAAUAGACUCGUUGAUAUCGCAGUUGGAUGAUGAGAUCAGGGCUCAUGAUGCUUCCCUAAUUAGGUUGUUCGAGGACAAAGCGGUCGCUGGUGACCGAGUCCAUGAGAGAUUUGAGAACCUACAACUUGUUACAAAUAAACUUGAGGCUAAGAUUAGUGAAAUUAAAGACCAGUCAAAGAAGGGAGAAAGUUCACUUAAGCUGCUAUCAUCUGAUAUCAGAGCUCUUCAUAAUGCUAAAAUUAAUAUAUGUGACACGAUAGUCACUUUAAAGAGAAUUCUUAUGUUCUCACAUAUGUUAGAUGACUUGAGCAAACAUGCCAAGGAAAGAAGUUAUGCCGAGGCUUCUGCACAUGUUGUGGUUCUAAAGGAACUAAGAAAUUCACUCAAUCCACUGAAGAAAUCACCUUCAGUUUGUAAAUUAUUGUCAUCGUGUGAUUCUCUACUGCAUAAGCUGAGGGAACAAAUUGUAGAGGAUCUUGAACAUAAACUUCGACUUAAGAUGUUAGAUGCACAGUUGGUGGAACAACAGCUACAAUUGGAUAAAUUGUGUCUGUGCGCUGAUUUAUUGGAUGAAACUAUAAGAGAAUCAAUAUCAAAUAAAUAUUCACAACACUUGAAGAAUUUAUAUGAAAAUAAUUUUUAUCAUUCUUUUGACCUCAAGACUGUGGACAAUUUAAAUCACCGUUUCUCAUGGUUUAGAAGAACUUUGAAUGAAUAUAACGAGGGGGUUGGAUUACAAAUACCAAUGAACUGGUAUAUUUAUGAAAAGUCAGCAAUCGCAUUUGUACAAUCACUCAAAUCGCAGCUUAUAGUAAAUUUUAGUUAUUUUGAGAAUUUUAUUAUUGAAGUAUUGAAUGAAUCGCACCAGAGUUUAAGUGCAAAUAGUUUAGUGUCAUGUUUACUUCGUUGCAGAGAAUUUGAAGAUGAACUCGAAAACAAAUUUAGACAAAAUUAUUCCAAAGCAAUUAGUGAGAAUAAGGAUAAGGUUAAAGCAGCUGACAGCGUUGAAUUUCCAGAAGUUUUAAGUGAGGUGAAUGAAGAGGAAAAGGUGGGAAAACAGCCAGAGCUGGGCAGGAUGUUGAGUAGUUGUUUUGAAAAUUAUCUAGGUCCCUGGAUUGCAAGUGAAGAAUCACAACUUGAUGAUUUAUUGUCUCGAAUUAUUAGCGAUACAGAUUCUUCGAUCAUGUUUGUUUUUGUAUCUGCACGUGAGUUGUUCUCAUCGAUAAAUGCCCGACUACAAGUAACGAUGACCAUCAGUUCUGAGCAAGCACUCUAUGAGAUGUUUCUGGUGUUUAGGAAGAUAAUUGCAAAGUACCAGCAGCAUUUGAGUGGGCGAUUUGCGUUGGUAAAGAGGACUACAGACUUAGAACUUCUGGCCAAAAUUACAGGAAACACCAUCGCAACUGCAGAUUACUGCCUAGAGAUGAUUGACAAGCUCUCUGAUGAAAUUAGGGAUAAUAUUUCACACACUUAUUCCGGCCUUAUUACCUUCACAAAUGAAAAAGAAAAAAUAUCCGCUGUCAAAUCUGACUCGUUUAAGCUGUUGUUGGACUUUAUGUGUACAUUUUUGCCCUAUUCUACGGAGGCAAAUUUGGACGUUUCAGGCCCUUCUGAUCUAUUGCUUAAGAACGAAAACCUGAUUAUAAAGCGCUUGGAAGUGUCCACUAAGUACCUUCCCAGUGUUUACUUGUACCAUAUUACGAACAAAAUUUCUAGAAACGCCCUAGCCCACUUUAAGGACUUCAUUUUCUCACUCAAUUCAGUUACUGAGGUUCUAACUCAGCAGCUCCUGCUGGACACUUUUGAACUCAGGCGUUUUCUCACAGACAAACUUAAAGAAUUGCUCGUUACUCUACCUCAAGGCAUGGUUUACUCUGUUUUUAGUUAUAUGGAGAGUAUAUUGAACGAAAUAGAUAAGAUAGAAUCAAUGAUAAAAGUUUUAACAACUCCAAAUAACUGUAAGGAAUCAUUUGAAGGAUUUUUAACCGAAAACGGAGGACCUUGUACUCAGCAAGAGCUAGAUAUAUUACUCAAUAUUAAACGUUUAUAA